CCUCAACCGCUUGGAAAUAUUACUCACCUGACUUAUUUAUGAUCUUGACAGUCGAUGGUCAAGCGAUUUUAUAGCGAUGUUCAAUGAUUCGUGGUUCUCAGAGGAAGAUUCCAGUCAAAAAAGUGGGCAAAGAUGAAAAUCACCUAACUUUCCCUCCCUCCUUGUCGCACCACAUUAAAAAGAGCCGCCAAAUAAUGAACGAGCAAACAAAAACGAGGGUGUACUUCGCUCAACUGAAAGCGAUGCUAAAAAGGAACCUGUUGCUAAAGAAACGCGAUAAACGGAGGACAUUGGCGGAGGUGCUUCUACCAAUUUACACCCUGGGGGUCCUGUAUCUCAUAAAAGUGGCGGUACCGAACCCGAACUUUCCGGAAAUCAACCAGCCAAGGGGAGCUGCCGAAUUGAUAGCGAAUUUUAGGAACACCACGCAUACAAUAGCGGUGGUACCGAAUAACAAAUCGGUCCAGGACUUUUUAAGGACAGUGGACGUACUGUGGGACGACAUCAAUUUGAAGCAGAACUUUCGGGUGCAACCUAUCGCCUGGGUGGUGUAUCCUACGGUCGAGGAUCUGCUCACGUCAUACGGUUUGGAACCCAACAACAUCGCCCUGGCUGUGGUUUUCCAGAAUCCCGAUCCGAUUAAUGGUUCUUUGAGUUACGUAAUACGCACCAACCCGAACCUGUUCAGUACUCCUUCGACCACCCAACUCUUGGGCUCACCGGCAAGUUGCAGGGAGUACAACUCCUUCUGGCAAAACGUCCCCGGAGUACCCACUCCGGUACUACCGGAGGGUUUGGAGGUAGGCGACAGUUGUCCAGUGAAUCAGUAUUACUACUCCGGUUUCCUCGCUUUACAAGCCCUAUUGGACUGGACCAAAAUCCGGCUCGAUGCAGGAAUUGAGACCCUCGAGGUCCCUAAGAUCCUACUGGAGAUGUUCCCCAAAUCUUCUUAUACAGGAACCUGGAUGGUCGUGGUGCGUGUCCUAAUACCGCUCUACACCGUUAUAGCUCUAUCGCAGUUCAUCACUUACCUUCUUAUAUUAAUAGUGGGAGAGAAGGAGACGAAAAUCAAAGAGGGGAUGAAAAUUAUGGGUCUAUAUGACUCGGUUUUUUGGUUAUCGUGGUUUAUAAUCUACGCGUUAUUCAUGCUGUUACUGACAAUAAUCUGUUGCACCCUACUGUUCGCCUUGAACAUAUUCACCAACACCAGUUUCGUUAUGGUGUUCAUGCUGAUCUUCAUGUACUGCUUGAGCAUUAUCAUGUUCGGGUUUAUGCUCACUCCGUUCUUCGAUAAGGCCAGGACCGCAGGCAUUUUGGGAAACUUCGCAGUGACCGUACUAAGUCUGCUCUACUUCAUUCAAGUGUUCGUGAGAGACUCGAGUUCGAUAGCCCUCUGGAUUGUGUCCUUAAUUAGCCCGGCUGGAUUCGCUUUGGCUAUGGAUAAGGCACUUUUAAUGGAUCUGGCAGGCGAGGGAGUGAAUCUAUCCAACGUUUGGGACGGUCCCGACAUGCCUUUCGGCGGUAGCCUAAUUAUGAUGGCCGUAGAUGUGGUCCUUUAUGGAUCUGUUGCUUAUUACCUGGAUUGCGUUAUACCAAGUGAACAUGGUGUUAAACGUUCGAUAUUCUUCUGUUUCAACCCGUUGUUUUGGUGCAAAACCAAACCCGCCGAUAAGAUCCCACUGACCAACGGAUCCCUCGGAUCCCUGAACACCGAAGAGGAGAUGGCGGCGGACUUCGAAGGGGUCCCGAGGGAAAUGAAGGAGCGCGAGGCCAUCAAGAUCGUGGACCUCUGUAAGAGUUUCAAGAGUUGUCGUAGACCGGAGAUCAAGGCAAUAAACGGCAUUAAUUUGACGAUUUACCAGGGACAUAUUACCGCCAUCCUGGGUCAUAACGGUGCGGGGAAAACGACCCUUUUUAACAUUCUGACCGGGUUGACGGCACCGUCGUCCGGCACCGCUUAUAUAUUCGGUUAUGACGUGCGGAAUCAAAAUGACAUGGACCAGGUGCGUAGGAUGACCGGGGUAUGUCCGCAGCACGACAUUCUGUUCGAUAAUUUGUCGCCGAGGGAGCAUCUUGAGUUUUUCGCCAACGUCAAGGGACUUGCGUCAUCGAAAAUAGAGGAAGAAAUCAAAAGGACCCUUCAGGAUGUCGCCCUAAUGGAUAAAGCCGACACCCCCGCCAAGUAUUUAAGUGGAGGGCAAAAGCGUAAGCUAUCAGUAGGCAUAGCCGUCAUAGGAGACCCUAAGAUAAUUAUCCUUGACGAACCUACUGCUGGGGUGGACCCGUUGUCCAGGAGACACAUGUGGAACAUCUUGCAAAACAGGAGACAUGGAAAAGUCAUUUUGUUGACCACCCAUUUUAUGGAUGAAGCGGAUAUUUUGGCCGAUCGAAAAGCCGUUGUGUCCAAAGGGAGCAUACGGUGCUGCGGGAGUUCUUUGUUCCUCAAAAACAAGUUCGGGUGCGGGUACCAUCUGACGUUAGUACUUGACGGAAAUGCCAAAGAGCAAGCUAUAGCAAGACUAGUAACCCAUCAUGUACCUAAGGCAGAAAAAGCCCGCAGGCACGGUAGGGAACUGAGCUUCAUUCUACCACAUAAUGCAGUGGACAAUUUCGCCUCGCUAUUCGGAGCUAUUGAGCAAGAGAUCAAUAAUAAACACAGCAAACUCGGCAUUUCGAGUUAUGGCGUAUCGAUGACCACCUUGGAGGAAGUUUUCCUGCAUUUGGAGAAGGGUGAGGACGAACCCGACGAAGAGGUGGAGAAUUUGUCCAAGAAAAUCGUGAGAAAUCGAGCGUUGAGUCGCAGUUUGAGUCUACAAAGCAAAAGCACCAGUUAUCACAGUUUGCAGAAUGAAGGGUACAAUUUGAUGGCAAAUGGACAAGACCCUAAAGGUGGUGGAGACGUGACGGAAAUCGGAGUGCUAGAGGCGAUUUCCGAAACGAAAUCCCCGAUAUCGGGCAUCGGUUUGGAGAAAAUCGAGUGCAAACCGAACGUCUGUCAAGUGACGUGGGCCUUGAUCCGUUUGCGCACCUUAAGGAUGUUCCGGGACCUGCAGAAGUUGUAUUUCAUGAUUCUGUUGCCGCUACUUUGUGCCGCCUUAAGUUUGUACUUUAAUAAUUAUUUUCAAAAUACGGCCAGUACCAGUAAGGCCUUGGAAUUAGGCGGCACGACUUAUGGAAAUAUGACCACUUUGGCUAUUCAUAAUGUGGUGGGAGGGAGUGACGUGGAACGGUUUAUUGAUGAAUUGAACCACUUUGGAGUGCAAACCGACUGGUACAACGGCAAUUUUUCGACGUUACUUAAGGCUGCGCCCCAUUUAGGUGCCAUUGACGUGAACGGCUUUCAGGAUGGUGCUUACAAUUUUACUAUACUGUACAACGAUACCUUGCAGCAUAGCUUACCAGUGAUUCUGAAUAUUUUGAGUAACUCCAUUUAUAGACUAUUAACCCCAGAAAAAGCGAGAAACGGGUCCUUCGAACCCAUAAAAGUGAUGGCCCAACCCUUCCAGCAGACCAUCCAACCCGAAGGGGUAAAUAUCGCUUCGACCACUCAGACCAUAUUCGUGGGGAUGGUUUUCGUGAUGGUACCGGUCAGUUUAGCGAUCGAGCUGGUCUACGAUAGGGAGCUAAAAACCAAGAACCAGUUAAGAGUAAACGGCCUUUCGACCACAAUGUACUUCGUAUCGUACUUCAUAGUGUUAAUAGUGCUGAUGUCGAUUAAAUGCGCGGUCCUAGUGAUCAUGAUGGUCCUGUUUGACAUACCGGCAUUGAAAGCUUGGCCUGCCAUAGUGGUCUUUAGUGUCCUGAUAUUCAUUUAUUGUCCCUCCUCGAUUUUAAGCUGCACCUGCUUAAGUUACAUUUUUGACAAGACCGAUUCUGCGCAGUCGAUCCUGCCUAACAUCGCUACUUUCGUGGGUUGGAUCCCGUUUGUUAUAGUGGUCAUUUUGGAUGUUAUGAGUGUCGGUAAAGCUCUUGCUCUGGUGCUGCACUGCAUCUUUUCGAUCACCAACACCAUGUACAUCCCUUACUCGAUCCUUUAUUACAUCCAAAGGGUGUAUUUGUUGUGUAGCGUGAAUAUGGCCUGCGAGAAAUUGACCCUUACCAGCUACCUCACUACUGAAAUUGGCAUUUUAUUGGUGGGGAUGAUCGUCAAUAUACCUUUCUGGUUUGUCAUGCUAAGGAUCGUGGAUAUUACUAAAAGUGGAGGGAGAGCCAGGGACGCCUUUAAUUUCCUAAGAAAGGACAAUACCCCAAACGAGGUGCUAGAAGUCGGAGAACCCGAGGGUGGAAACGAGGAUCGAGACGUCAAGUCCGAACGUGAGAAAGUGAAGACGUUGGCGAGGGCCAAAAGCCUGAAGAAUCCACCGGUGGUGAUGGUCCAGGACCUACAUAAGGAGUAUAAGACGAAGCAAUCGUGUUGCUCCACGUGUAUUAAAGGAGACGAAAAUGAGGAAAAGGUGAAGGUGGCGGUCAAAUCGUUAUCGUUGGCCGUUUACGCCGGAGAAGUGUUCGGACUGUUGGGACAUAACGGGGCCGGAAAAACGACAACGAUGAAGAUCAUUACGGCCGAAGAAGCACCGACCAGAGGAAAGGUCUUCAUUGGAGGUCAAACGAUUACAUCGAACCUAAACUCAGCGUUCCAAUUGCUCGGUUACUGUCCCCAGCACGACGCCUUAUGGAAAAACAUCACCGUGCGCGAACAUUUGGAAACUUACGCAGCGAUCCGAGGAGUACCGCAUCAAGAGAUCGACAAGAUCGUCAACGCGUACAUAAAUGGCCUACAAAUUCAGGAGCACGCGGACAAACAAGUGAAAAUGUGCUCGGGAGGUACGAAGAGGAAACUGAGUUUCGCCAUGUCCAUGGUGGGAAACCCGAAAAUCGUCCUGUUGGAUGAGCCGAGUACUGGCAUGGACCCUAGAAGUAAACGGUUCCUGUGGGACACUAUAUUGGCCAGUUUUCAGGGUUCAAAGGGUGCCAUCCUGACCACACACUCCAUGGAAGAAGCGGACGCCUUAUGUUCAAGGGUCGGCAUAACUGUUAAGGGAGAACUGAGGUGUUUGGGUUCCACUCAACAUUUAAAAAACCUCUACGGCGCAGGUUACACCUUAGAAAUGAAACUUAAAGUGGGCGAAUCGGGUCAAAGUUCGCAUUCCGCCGAUUUACAUCAGGAAGUGAAGGAUUUCGUCGCAGGCAUAUUUCAAGAUACCACCCUGGAGGAGUCGUUUGUUGAUCGAUUAGUCUUUAGUGUGCCUCAACAAAGUGUUCCGUCAUUGGCUAAUUGCUUUAGACAACUAGAGAAAGCCAAAGUUGAGCUUAACAUCGAGGAGUACAGCUUCAGCCAAACCACCCUGGAACAGGUUUUCCUGAAGUUCGCCCAGUACGACGAGGUGAAGGAAGAACAAUAAAGUCCGGAACAGAAGAAAUCGAUUAUUUUUAUAUUUUUCAUUUAGUUAAUACGUAGCGUUUUGUACAUAUUAUGACCUUAAACCGUAUAAUUAAUAUUGACUUAACAACAAGCGAAAACCUUGACAAAUUUAGGUGUAGAUUUAGGGUAAUAAACGUGCAUUUCUUACAAAAAAAAAAUUCUACACAGUAAAAGCUUGCUUAGGUUACAAUAAACGGGGCAAACAAAGUUCGGAAAACACAGGGUGAAUAAAUAUGGAUAUUUGCUCUGCAAUCGAUUUUACAACAUAUACACCGAGGACAAGAAAAGGCUCCUAAGGCACCCGUGAAGGCAAUUGACCAGACGUGUAUACAGUCGAGUUUCUUCAUAAAGGACCCACAAUAAUUACGUUUAUUUUUUUGGCCUUUAUUGUUUAAAGCACUUAAAACAUAGGAAAGGAACUGUGUUAUUUAUUGAUUUGUUUACCAUUCAUCUUAUGCUUUUCCAAUAAAAUUUUAGUACCACA